AUGAGCUACGUUCGUUCGUUCGUUCGUUCGUUCGGUCACAGUCACGGCGGUGGAGUAGCCCCGGGGGCUCGGGUGCUGUCCGCUGUGCCGCCGCCGAUCGCCGCCAACUGCUGUCCGGCCGGCUGGCAUCGUGCCAAGUACGAGGCGCUGAGCCCCUCCACGUCUCGACCUCAUUCUGUUCAGUGUUCGAGGUCGUCGUCCUCGCACCUCAACGCGGCGGUUCGCUCAACCAGCUGUUCGGUGUUCGGUGUUCGCUGUUCGUCAACGACGAUGACGACGACCUCCUAA